AUGGAGUCAUGUCUGGAAGGACUUCGAGACGAAAUAUGUUUACCUUAUUUAGAUGACGUAAUAGAUUUUAGCAAGACUUUCGACGAACACGUUGAACACCUAAGAACUGUUAUAAGGCGCCUUCGAGACCAUGGUGUAAAGAUCAAACCUAAGAAAUGUAACCUGUUUCGUCGAGAAGUUCAUUGUCUUGGUCGAGUUGUUUCAGAAUACGGAUAUAAAAUGGAUCCAACUCAGAUACAAGCGGUUCUAUCAUUAAAGAAUAAACAACCCAAAACGGUUGGAGAAGUUCGACAUUUAUUAGGAUUGUUAGGCUACUACAGAAGAUACAUUCAGGAUUUUUCUCGAGUUGCAAAACCCUUAUUCGACCUUCUCCAACGAUCAAAUGAACCAAGUAACAAUAAGUCGAAAACACCCCAAGUACCAUCUUCCCAAAGUGUCUCAUGGACGGACGAGCAUAGUUCAAUUUUAGACCAAUUAGUGACGCGGGUUACGAGUGCCCCAAUUUUAGCAUAUCCAGACUACAACGAACCAUUUGUUUUACAUACAGACGCAUCUCAGGAAGGACUCGGUGCAGUGUUGUACCAAGAACAGAAUAGUGAAAUGCGCGUCAUCGGUUAUGGUUCACGAAGUCUGACCCCUGCCGAGAAAAACUAUUAUCUACAUUCGGGAAAACUCGAAUUUUUAGCCCUAAAAUGGGCG